UCUACUCCAGAGUGGUUUUCUCUCCCAGAUGGAAACGACCUAAGAUUGUUGCUCAGCUACACUAAUCACACCGGUCUGAAUAAAAGACACUCCACUGGUGAAAAGUCCCACAAGUGAUCAGAAUGCUAUGUGAUGCUGUUUAAACGUUUAUAAGUUGCAGUUCAAAUUUGAUCUGGAGCAGAAUGAGUUAAACGGCUCGUCUGCGCGCACUGAACCGAGCGCAGCUCCUCUCAGCAGCAUCUCGAUCUCCGGUGUUGUAUCACCGGCACGGUAAUCAUGUCCGGUAAUGGAACCAAAGAAGCGCCUGACGACAGCACGGAGAUGGAGCAAAAAAGCUUGAAGAGCGGUACAAUGAAGACUGACUUGGAGGCUGGGAGUUGCAGCUCUGCAAUACACUGUCAAGAUGUGUGUCGUUCAUAUGGGAAACUUAAAGUCCUCAACAAUCUCAACCUGACAGUGCCUCAGGGCCAAAUUUAUGGGCUGCUAGGGCCAAGUGGCUGUGGGAAGACUACGUUGUUGAAAUGCAUUGUAGGAACUCUAAAGAUCUCACAUGGACAUAUCACAGUACUGGGGAAACCACCUGCUUUCCCAGGACAUGAAGUGCCAGGAAGGAUGGUGGGAUACAUGCCACAGGAUAUAGCUCUGUACAAUGAGUUCACUAUCUGUAACACACUAUGGUUUUACGGUCGGAUUCAUGGCCUUUCAUCUAAAGAAACAGAAGCCAGGAUGAAUUUCCUUGUUGACUUCCUUGACCUGCCACAAAAAAACAGCCUUGUGAGAAAUCUCAGUGGAGGCCAGCGGCGGCGUGUCUCACUUGGAGCUGCUCUUCUUCAGAACCCACAACUUCUGAUCCUGGAUGAGCCCACUGUAGGAGUGGACCCUGUUUUACGAGCCAAGAUAUGGCAGCACCUGGUUGACAUUGUAAGAGGAGGACAGGUUUCUGUCAUUAUUACGACUCAUUACAUUGAAGAAGCCAGACAAGCCAAUACGGUGGGUUUGAUGAGGAAUGGUCAAUUGUUAGCUGAAGGUCACCCGGAUGCUGUUAUGAAGCAACACAAUGCAGCAACAUUAGAGAGUGCGUUCUUGCAACUUUGUGAGGACUCUGAUCAGAUGGGCUCCAAACAGAGUCCUCAGGGCCGACUGCUGGACAGCAGCCCAUCUCCAGACAGUUUGAGAGAUGAGAGCAGAGAGCCCAUACUGAGAAAGAGCUCACCAGAGGACAUGCACAAAUAUAAAGCUGACUGGAAAGUGCGAGCCAGACACAUCAUACCAAAAUGGCGUAACAUUGCAGCGCUGAUGAUCAAGACGAUGGUUCGAAUGAGGAGAAUGCCAGGGUCCCUUUGUUUCCAGUUCUUGUUGCCUGUAAUUCAGAUCUGUCUGAUGUGCUUGUGUAUUGGUGGAGACCCCAAAGGCAUUGAUGUGGCAGUGGUCAAUAAUGAAACCAGUCCCAGUGCCUAUAGUAGAUUACUGCUGUCCUUCCUCGACAACACGAGUGUAUACCAGGUGAGCUUGUCUCAUUCUGAAGCAUUUGCUGGUAUCUAUAAUGGGGAAUACUGGGGCAUCAUAGAGUUUGGGGAGAAUUUCACCAGCUAUCUAACCAAAAGGAUGCUGCAGCCCAGAGUCUCCAGAGAUGUGGUUGAAGGAGGAUCAGUUCAUGUUUGGCUGGAUCUGACCAACCGACAAAUUGCCCUGAUGCUGCAGAAAAAACUCCAUGAGGCCUUUGAGGCUUUUGUCGACAAAAAGCUGGGGAGUUUGUCAUACAUGGUGGCCGUCCCUAUAAAAUUUGAAGAACCAAUAUAUGGCAAUGAGAACACAGAUUUCACAACUUUUGUGACACCAGGAGCUGUUUUGAGCAUCACAUUUUAUCUAGCAGUGGGGUUGACCGCUCUGUCCUUUGUGUUAGAGAGAAAGGAGGGUCUGUUGGACAGGUGCUGGGUGGCAGGCGUAAGUUCUCUGGAGACCAUGCUGGCACACCUCUUCUCACAGCUGUUUGUUAUCAGUGUUCAGAUCAUCCUUCUGCUGAUCUUCAUCCUGCUGGUCUUCAAAAUUCCUAAUGAAGGAUCUCUGGCUUUGGUGAUCUCACUGAUUGUGCUGCAGGGAGUGACGGGAAUCUCCUUUGGACUGGUCAUUUCCUCUGCUAUCGAUGACGAACAGUCGGCCAAUCAGGCAGCCCUUGGAAUCUUCUACCCCAACCUCAUCAUUAGCGGUGUUAUCUGGCCGGUUGAGUGUAUCCCGUAUCCUCUGCGUUAUUUGAGUCUAGUCCUGCCCCAGACCUAUGCAUCUGAAGCCCUGCGCUGUAUCAUGUACAGAGGUUGGGAUCUGUCCCGUAUGAUGGUCUGGCGAGGAUUUGCAGUCACUCUUGGCUGGAACACAUUCUUCCUUAUACUGGCAACAGUCAUUCUUAAGCUGAGAAUGUGAGAGGCUCUGCCAAGGAAAGGUGCUUCAGAUUGGGUAUAGUGGUGUUCAGCGAAAGCAAAAGAUGACUGACACAUGGAUUUGCCAAUCUGAGCCUCUCUCUCCUGGCCUCCCAAGGACCAUCAGCGUGAAACUCAGGGCAUCCCUCAACCAGCUAAGAGACCUAUUCCACGAACAGUUUACUGACAAUGUGACAUAACACUUCAAUUACAACACUUCACGUGGGCUUUAAUUAUUUAAAAAAAUCCAUCAACGAAGAAGAAAGCGUGUUGAAGCCAACUGUUGGAACUUUCCAUACCCUCUUUCUCCCUGUGGUUUAUGUAAUGCAUCCUGAUUUCAAAUUCACUGACUAGGUUUUUUAGUGCAUGUUCCAUAUGCCUUGUCUGUGCCAGUAAACCUUAGACUGUGUACAACCAGACACUUAAAUUGCUUUAGGGAAACCUACAGUGUUGCCCAUCCUUGUACUCCCUCAUCCUGAACAGAAAGAGCACUGCUUAGCAAGGAUUCUUCACUGGGCACAGUUCACCCUGGCCUAUGAGAGUUUUGUUUUCCAAACUGCUGCUUGUUUUUUUUUUUUAAUGAUAAAUGUUUUUAAAUGAGCAGUCUGUGUGUUAAUAAUCCAUCAAGUGCCAUAAAGAAAAUGAAGGAAGGACUGCAAUGUUUACAUUUGAGCACAAACUAGACCUGCAAGUUGAACUGAAAAGACAAGUAUAGUCCUGUCUUUUAAUAUAUAUUGUAUUUGAGAGACAGCAGCACAUACUGCAUUACAAUGCAAGCCAUAUGCGUUGUUACUUGUACUAUUGAAUAUAGUUUGAUGAAUAUAUUAGCAUGCAAUAUUUGAUGAGCAGAAUGCAUAAAGAAUAUUUUAAAUAGAUACUAGGAAUUGCUUAUUGGUUUGGGUUAUAAAUCGUAUGUGUGUUUCACUGUCCUUCUUAAAUGUCAACAAAUUGAUCAUCUGUUCAUAUUUUCUUCUCUUUGAAUCUUAAAGUUCAAUAUUAGGAUACUUGAUUUCUACCUUUACCUUCAUUGACCAGCUGCAGGUUCAGGUUUAAAUUCUCUGAAUUCUCUACACCACUGUCAGACUGAACAUAUCUAGACCCUGCUUAACUCAGUCAAAAGACUUCACAUGUUACUAAGAAAUAGUUUGUUUAAAACUACAUUUACAUUUGGUUGACAUUAUAUCCAAUAUCUGUACUUUGAACAGUUUGAAUGUUUCACAAAGUCACAAACAUAAAAACUAUUUUUUUUUUUCAUGUAAAUGAAAAAUUCAACAGGAAAAUGCUGAAUUUAAAUAUUUAAGAAUUAUGAAACAGGCUUUUCAUUGUAGUAAUAACGACGCCCACACUGGAAUUUCAUGGCAUGUUUUGAUAGGACAUAGGCUGACAGUUGAUUUUAGGACUAGAGCUUUGUUGGUUCUAGAUUUUUUUUGUGUCUGGCUCCAGUUGAGGCUUAGAGACAAAUGUUUUGCAAAGGUUUGUUAAGUACUGUGCCAUUUUGAAAAGUCAUCCUGUGACCUUUACACACACACAAAACCAUUAUUUGCUACCUCUUGAAUUGCUGCAUAUAAAGCCCUCAUAAUUGUGCGCAUUGACUUACUCUUGGUGUUAAAUUAUCUUUAUGGAAUUAAUGACAUCUUUUUUUCAACAAUAAACAUUUUUAAUAAUCUCUU